AUGAGGCGCCUGGGCUCGGUCCAGCGGAAGAUACCUUGUGUUUUCGUGACAGAGGUGAAGGAGGAGCCGUCCACCAAAAGGGAACAUCAGCCAUUUAAAGUUCUGGCAACUGACACCAUAAAUCACAAGGCAUUAGAUGCAGAUAUUUACAGUGCUAUUCCAACAGAAAAAGUGGAUGGGACAUGUUGUUAUGUCACUACAUACAAAGGUCAGCCAUACCUUUGGGCUCGGCUAGAUAGAAAACCCAACAAACAAGCAGAGAAAAGAUUUAAAAAAUUCCUACAUUCAAAAGAAAAUUCAAAAGAAUUUUUUUGGAAUGUUGAGGAAGACUUCAGACCUGUUCCUGAGUGCUGGAUACCCGCGAAGGAAAUAGAACAGUUAAAUGGGAAACCAGUCCCUGAUGAAAAUGGACACAUACCUGGUUGGGUACCAGUAGAGAAAAACAGUAAACAGUAUUGCUGGCAUUCUUCAGUAGUGAAUUAUGAAUUUGAAAUUGCUCUGAUAUUGAAGCCUCAUCCUGAUGACCCAGGGCUCCUGGAAAUUAGUGCAGUGCCACUAACAGAUCUGUUAGAACAAACAUUGGAGCUGAUAGGAACAAAUAUCAAUGGAAACCCUUAUGGGUUAGGAAGUAAGAAGCAUCCAUUACAUCUUCUUAUUCCACAUGGAGCAUUUCAAAUAAGAAAUCUGCCUACAUUGAAGCACAAUGAUCUACUGUCCUGGUUUGACGGCUGCAGAGAGGGUAAAAUUGAAGGAAUCGUAUGGCAUUGCAGUGAUGGAUGUUUAAUUAAGGUCCAUCGUCAUCAUCUUGGUUUACACUGGCCAAUUCCUGAUACUUACAUGAAUUCAAAACCGGCUAUUAUCAAUAUGGAUCUGAACAAAUACAACUAUGCCUUUGAUUCUAAAUGUUUGUUUAAUUAUUUUUCAAAAAUAGAUAAUCAAAAAUUUGGUAGGCUCAAAGACAUAAUGCUUGAUGUAUAA